ACGAAUUGGUAUUAGUGGUAUAAUUUGGGUUGAAUUUGACAAGAAGUGGAGAUGUAAUUAUAAGGAAUUGAUCUUAGGAAUCAUAUUAAUUUGUUGAAUAGUUAUUCACGGAAUAUAAUUGUGUACAGGGUGACGUACCGAGCGAUUGCUCGACGAAGGAACUCGUAUGUGUGAUCACCUGAAUAGUACUUUUGCAGGCGAAAUUAGUUGAGGUCGGGCGUACAUGGAAUUGAGGUAUAGUCAACAGCAUGGCUUCCGCGUUUGCCUUUGAAUUAGGUGCUUAUUUCUUAUCAUAUUGAGCUAUGGAUCAAUGGAGCUAUGGAUGGGAUGACUCGAGGGGAUAUGAGCAAGAAUGUUUCUAUGGUGGAGGUCAUCAAGAGUGGAAUUCUCAUGUGGUGGGUUCUAUGUCUUCUUGAAAUGAAACUUGUGCUUUAUGUAAUUCUCCCUGACAUUCACCUUUUGAGUGCCCGGAUUUUAUGCAAGAGUGUGAGUACAAGAUGGGCAUGUAUCAAGAGACAUUUGUACCCGAUGCAUAUCCUCAAGAAGAAGCUUAUGAGCCGAGGAAGGGAUUCGUUGAAGGUCUACUAGCUCAAUUGCAAGCUUCCCAAGCUCUAUUAAAAGUCUCUCAAGCUAGAAUUUCAUAAGAGACCAUGGUUCCUGAAGCAUAUCCUCAUGAGCAAGCAUAUGAGUCUAGGAAGCCUUCUCUUGAAGAAUUGCUAGCUCAAUUGCAAGCUUCACAAGCCCAAUUGCAAGCUCAAUUGCAAGCCUCACAAGCCCAAUUGCAAUCUUCUCAAGAAAUACUUGCACAUUCCAAUGACCAACUUGAGGCAAGUCUUGCACAAAAGCCACCCUUCGUCAUUUAUGAGCAUGAGUCUUUCUUUGACCAAGUGGAACCUAUUUCAAGAGAAGAAGUGUAUAUAGAGCAUCUUGAGCAAGAGUCUUUUAUUCAAGUUGAAAAUGAUGAUAGUGAAGUUGAUGUACAAGAAAGUGAGCUUGGUUAUGAAAGUUCUAAUGCAAGUGGGGUGAGAGACCACACUUUGGAGGAAUGGGUGCAAUAUUGGAAAUCUAUGCUUCCUAUUGGAGGAGAGAUAUUUGAAGAUGAUUUCGAAGAGGAUGAUGACUUGACUAGUGAAGAGGAUGCGGAGUUUGAAGUCAUACACCAUAAUCCGUUGUUCAUCGAGGAGGAUAUGGAGCUUUAAGUCAUAUACCAUAAUCCUUUAUUCAUUGAGGCUGAUGUUCCCAAGGAGGAAGAGAGCAUUCAAUAGCUUGUGAUGAUGGAGAAGUUGAAGAGAUAAGGACUUUCUCGCGUCCCAAAUCCAUGGAGAUCCAUCAUGAGCUUCCCAAGGUGGAGAGUAGAACAUUGAGCACGUACUUAUGUUCUUAAUGAGAGGAUUGGGAUCGAGGUACUUUUACCUCCCAAUCCACCAUUAAGUAGUCAAUGUUUCUACAAUGAGGUGAUGGAUUGGAAAGGAAAUGGAGCGAUUACACUCACCCUUUUCCAUCAUUCUCAAGAGCUUCUACCACUUAUUGUUCCUAUGAGUAUCAUUUCUACACCACUUGAGAAGGAGAAGGCAAGGAGAUUGAUUCAUAGAAGAAAAAUCAAGAAGAAGGGGAAGAUUAAGAAGCUAUAUUUUUGGCCACCAAUUGGAGUAUUCUUAUGUAGCUCUUGGUCUUGUAUCUAUGACACACCGAGGAGUUCCUUAGCCCCAAACAAUAGGGUGGUCGCACUUGAGAAGUAUCCACCUUGACAAAGUUCAUGUUCUAUGGACCGACAAUGAAGUCCUUAAACAAAGCGCUCGCUAGAGAGGCAACCCUAGUACAUCAUCGGUAGUAUUUAUUUCUUUCUUAGUUUAUUUUUGUUGUGAAUAAAGUUUUUGAGUCAUUUUUCAGAGGAUGGGAGGUGUAUGGAGUUGAAAAUGUGAAGGAGAAUUAAUUUGGUAGUGAGCAGUUUCUAUCCAGA